AUGUCCCAGAAAGAGUCGCACCCGGUGGAGAUGGGACCGAUCGAACCGCAUCAGCGGCUACAGAAGCUGAUUGCGGACAGUCAGCGAGUGUCCAUCGAUCCGAACAUGCCGAUCAAUCGGUACUACCGGUCCGGGAAUCAAAUCGUCGAGACUGCGGAUCGUUCACUGCGGGAAGGAAAUCUGGAGAAAGCGUUCACCUUCUAUCUCCGGUUUGUGACGAUCUUUGUUGAGCUGAUACUAGACCAUCCGGGGUAUAAAUCGGUACCACCGGCGGAUAAGCAGCAAACGAAGGAAAAGAUCAAGAAGAUACUGCCACGGGCGGAAGAGAUACGGAAGAAGCUGUUGGAAAAAUACACGACGGAGUACAAGCUGUACCUGGCGCAGUUGAAACUCCAGGCGGAACAAGAAGCAAAGGAGGAAGCGCGGAACAAGGCGGCGGCGGCGGCAGCGGCUGCUGCUGCAGCGGUAGCCGCAGCAUCGAAGGCAGCUGAUCAGCAACCCACCACCUCCACCGGUCCGUACGCACCUAGCGCCCCGAGCCACGUGGCAGUUAUCUCCGACAGUGACGCGAAGUUGAUCGAUCAGGUGCUCUAUCCGAGCGAAUUUCUCACCGAUCGCAGUCAGGCGACUGGACUCCCCGGGACGGGACUCCUACUGGCCGGGGACGAUAAGCAAAAGUUCGAUCGCUCGCUCAAACCAGUACUGCCGGUUACACCAACACCAACGACCGGCUUCCGUUCGAUUGUCGUACCGACUGAUACGAUGCAAAAGUUUCUCGUACUGGCCGCCGCCAACACUGGCGCUAAUCUGGAAACUUGCGCAAUACUCGCUGGCAGCUUGACGCAAACAGGGUUCACCAUUACCCAUUUGAUAUUUCCAAAGCAAAGCGGUACUUCAGACAGCUGCAAUACGAUGAACGAGGAGGAGAUUGCGGUCGUGCAGGAUCGGCACAAUCUCAUCACCCUGGGAUGGAUACAUACACACCCCUCACAGACGGCAUUUCUUUCCUCGGUAGAUUUACAUACACACUGCUCUUAUCAGCUAAUGCUGGAAGAAGCGAUUGCAAUCGUCUGCUCACCAAAGUAUCGAGAAACUGGCUUUUUCAAUCUCACACCGUACGGGAUGGAUUCAAUAUCGCAAUGCCGACAGUCGGGAUUCCAUCCACAUCCUGCAGGUCAACCUUUAUUUACCGAAGCGCAACACAUCAUAUUGAGCGAUUCUGUGGCGGCACGUGUGAUUGAUCUGCGAUAA